UUUAGCUACCAGGAAGUGAUUGGCACACACCCACGGAGGAAACUGAAAUACAUGUACACACUUCAGAAAGGUUCUGUUGUGAGCAGCCUGUGAUGUUGAAAUGAAGGUUGAUGAAAAAGUUGUCACCUAUUUCGAAUCUUGCAACUCACCUGUGGACAAGGAGGGGUACCUCUCCAAGAAGGGUGAGAUAAAGACUUCCUAUCAGAAGCGUUGGUUUGUGCUGAAGGGGAACCUCCUCUUCUACAAGGACAAGCCAGCCGACCGGGACCUGAUAGGCGUGAUUGUUCUGGAGGGCUGCACCGUUCAGCUGUGCGAGUCCGAGGAGCAGUUCGCCUUCUCGCUGGUGUGGAGCGAGCCGGGACUGCGAACGUACAAGUUUGCUGCCGAGGACCAGGCCAGUCAGGAGAGCUGGAUCAAAGCCCUGCUGUCGGCCAACCACAACUACCUGGCCCUGCUGGUGAUGGACAUGGAGAAGAAGUAUAGAGAUGCAUUAGUUGCAUUCUCCGGUGAACCAACCAACACUUUCACCAUGCCAAAUUUCAACACAACAGAGGCAGGAUAUUCUGCAGCCCUUCAGAGCAGACAAACUUCAACGCUGCCCUCGUACCCUGCAGCAGCUGUGGGAGCAGGACCCAGUCUCAGCCCCAAUCUGAUGCUUCAAACUCCGAGUAUUUCAUCCAAAACAGCUAGCAAGAGAUCACCUAAACUGUGGCCCAAGAGGAAUGCAAAUGUGGUGCCUAUUAACACUCCUGCUCCACCCAUGGGGGAGUGGUCAGGGGUCUGCUUAGGCACCAAGGAGGAAUUUAGUAAACUACACGAAGAUUUUGGAAAAGAAGUCAAGGAACUGAUUGCUAGUUGGUCAAAAAGAGGACAAGCAGGCGAAGUUGUUCAGGAAGAAAAUUUGAUAGAUUUUGGAUAAUAAAUAUGAAGUAUACACAGUGUCUAAACCUUGAUUUCAGUAACCAUGGUUGCAUUGCAAAGCUUUUAUGUAAAUAGGAAUUAGAAAUAUUGUUAAGAUAUAUUUAAGACGUAUAUAUUUGUAGUUGAAGAGCGUACUGUUUCUUUUUUUCUUUUUUUUUUUUAC